UGCACUCCAACCUGAGCGAAGAGUGAGAUCCUGUCUCAAAAAAUAAAAAUAAAGUAAAAAAUAAAAAACUGGACAAGGUAGAGGAUGGAUUGGGGAAGAGGAGAACUGGAAGUAUAGAAAUGAACUACCCUUUGUGUUGGUCCCUAGGAAAGACGUUGAGGGCCUUAACUGUGCCGUUAAUGUAGAGGUAGAGAGGAGGGGAUGAAUGUGAGAAUUAUAUAGGAGGCUGAAUCGAGAGGACUUAGUGAUAGUUUCAUUGGUGGGAAUGAGGUAGGAGGAGAAUAGUUUUUAAAUUUGGAGGAUUAGUGUUUCCAUUAAGAAAAGGAGUGCAGUAGGAGAAAUGGGUUAAAGGAGAAAAACAGUAAGUUCAGUUAUUGACACAUUACAUAUAGGGAGCUAUGGGAAACUUGGAUCAUUGUGUCUGGUAGGCAGGUAGAUAAAUGGGUCUUGAACCCUGGAGAGAGUCGUAGGCUGGAGAAGAGAUUUGGGAAUCACUAAUAGCUGGUGGUCGAAGCGUUGGAGGGAAUAAGAAGGUCAAGGAUAACUGUGGUGGAUACCAGCACUUGGGAAGAGAACGAGAGAAUUACGUUAAGGUUUGAGUACACUUGUGGGAGAUAAUGGGGUAGCAAUAGCAGCUGCUGCAGAGAGUUCAGAUAAGGUAAUAACUGAAAAAAAGUCCUUCGAUCUUGGCGUUUAGAAAGCCAUUUGUGGCCUCAGUGAAAGCAAUGUUGUUGGAGUGAGGAGGCAGAAAUAUGAUUUCAACAGGUUAAUAAUGGCAACCUGAGAAACAAGAAAGGAUUUUAUAUUGGAAGACAUGGAUCUUGCUGCCAACGAGGUCAGCAUUUAUGACAAACUUUCAGAGACUGUUGAUUUGGUGAGACAGACAGGCCAUCAGUGUGGCAUGUCAGAGAAGGCAAUUGAAAAAUUUAUCAGACAACUGCUGGAAAAGAAUGAACCUCAGAGGCCCCCCCCACAAUAUCCUCUCCUUAUAGUUGUGUAUAAGGUUCUCGCAACCUUGGGAUUAAUCUUGCUCACUGCCUACUUUGUGAUUCAACCUUUCAGCCCAUUAGCACCUGAGCCAGUGCUUUCUGGAGCUCACACCUGGCGCUCACUCAUCCAUCACAUUAGACUGAUGUCCUUGCCCAUUACAAAGAAGUACAUGUCAGAAAACAAGGGAGUUCCUCUGCAUGGGGGUGAUGAAGACAGACCCUUUCCAGACUUUGACCCCUGGUGGACAAAGGACUGUGAGCAGAAUGAGUCAGAGCCCAUUCCUGCCAACUGCACUGGCUGUGCCCAAAAACCCCUGAAGGUGAUGCUCCUGGAAGAUGCCCCAAGGAAAUUUGAGAGGCUCCAUCCACUGGUGAUCAAGACGGGAAAGCCCCUGUCGUCGGAGGAGAUUCAGCAUUUUUUGUGCCAGUACCCUGAGGUGAUAGAAGACUUCACUGAAGGGUUUUUCGCCAAGUGGUGGCGCUGCUUUCCUGAACGGUGGUUCCCAUUUCCUUAUCCAUGGACAAGACCUCUGAACAGAUCACAAAUGUUACGUGAGCUUUUUCCUGUUUUCACUCACCUGCCAUUUCCAAAAGAUGCCUCUUUAAACAAGUGCUUCCUUCGUCACCCGGAACCUGUUGUGGGGAGUAAGAUGCAUGAGAUGCGUGACCUAUUUAUCAUGGGCAGCGGCGAGGCCAUGUUGCAGCUUAUCCCUCCCUUCCAGUGCCGAAAACAUUGUCAGUCUGUGGCCAUGCCAGUAGAGCCGGGAGAUAUCGGCUAUGCCAGCACCACUCACUGGAAGGUCUACAUUAUAGCCAGAGGGGUCCAGCCUUUGGUCAUCUGCGAUGGAACCACUUUCUCAGAACUGUAGGAAAUAGAACUGUGCACAGGAACAGCUUCCAGAGCCGAAAACCAGGUUGAAAGGGGAAAAAUAAAAAACUAUGAAACUGCUUUCCAGGGGUUGGUUACUUAGUUACCUGCCCUUUGCAUGCAUGUGUGAACCAGCUGUGAGCUGCAAGGCAGUGGCCAGGGCCUAGCCCUCCUGACUCUUCCUGCAGAUGGCUCAGGAAGGAUUCAGCCUGGCCACUUGGCUAGGACUCUGCCAGCACCCAUCUGAGACUGACCUCUUCUGGGCCUUUGGGCACUAAGACCUUGAUGCUGCCCCUUAGGCAGGAAACAGGGCUGGUGCCUGCCUUCGCCUAUAUUGCCAGCUUCCUUCCCUGGCAGUGGAGAGGGCAGCCAACAGGUUCUGAUGUCAGAGCCAUCCUUUACCAGGUGGGCCUGCUUGUCCCCAUCUUCCUGGCCACAUCACUCUACUUUUUGGAAAGCCAUGGCUGAUUAAAGAAGUUCUUGUAGUUUCCCAAACGAAAUGGAAUCUAGAAGCAGUGAAAAAAGGUCAGAUAACUUUGAAUUGCAUUCAAGAAGUACACUUCUUUCCCAUUGUCCGUGGCACUUGGAGUCUCUAUAAUGCCAGGCUAGAGUCUGAUCAUACAAUAAUUCAAAGUGGUAACUCCCAAGGUAAUGCUUUCUUCCAUUUCAUCAGGUUCUUAUAUCCCCACUGCACUCCCUCCCCUUCUCCCUUGCCUGUCUGAAUGGCUUCUUGGAAGCUUGGCUCUAGUCCUCCCUGCCUUGGCAGGGCCAGAGCCCACUACUGCUGAGGCAGCACUGCUCUUGUCAGCUGUGUUGCCUUUACCAAGUGUCUUCAGAGGGUUAUGAGUUAGAGUAGCUGGCCGGGGGAGAGGGUGCCUCCCUGGGUUUGAUCUUUAGGGUCUGACUUUCUGCAGAGAAGAUGUUUUACAGAUGUGUCAAAGCUGAUGUUGUAAUGUGGUUGGGGGAGGAAAUCCAGACCCAAAGUGUUUGUCAGCUGGGUGUACAAAUGACUGUGUGAUCCUCUGUCUUAAAAUGAUUUCUGUCUGUGCUGGGAAACAAAAACAAGGUGAGGUAUUUUUCUUUUUUGUAAUAAUAUAAAGCUGUGUGUUUCUGAUUGGAUGAUUCACUAUGUGCAUUGUUUUCUCCCAAGUGCUUUCGGUAUAUAGCAAUCAAAUGGUGUAAAUAAGGAUGUUCUUUUCCUGUUCCUUUUUUUUUUUUCUCUAUUAUUCUUUUAUGGACACCGCUAGAUACCUGGCCAUUGGUCAUGCCAAUGCCAGGAUGAAGAAAAAGCAAUCUACACUUUGGCCUCUGGUUCUGAAAUGCAGAAAUCAAAUGGAUCCAUUACGUGUCGAUGUCAGAAUUAUGGAUCAGAGGCAGACAGUGAUGAGUGAAGAUGGUUGUGAAGCCCUCUUCAUUCCUGGAGGAGCCUGCAUCUCAUCUCCAGGCCCUCUUUCUCUGUGGGUCUCAUGCCCAGCAGUGGGGAGCACUGAGCACUUGAAUGACCUGUUUGUCUGCGGGCUUACAGAGGACAAGCAGAGUUCACAGAGCUCAGGGUGGAAACAUCAGAGCCUCCUCCGCGGGCUUCAGUGAAACUAGGAUGAACUGUACCUGAGGGAAUUUUUUCUUAAUCAACCCCUUGUGUGGAUGAAUACAGGAAAAACAAAACUUG